AAAGAGUUGACUUAAAAAAAGAUCAGACGGUAAAGGAUGGUAGCAGGUGAGAGAUCUGGAUGGUGGUAGGUGAGUGCAGGUGUGAAUAAAUAGCAGAAUCAAUCAAAGGCCAAUCUAGAUGAGAUAAUUGAGUUUGGAUCUUGAUGGAAAUGGGAAGCCAAAUGGCUGUACCUUUGAAAGAAACCUUCUUCAUAUCACAUGGUUCACCAAUGCUUUCGAUAGAUGAUUCUUUACCCGCUAGACAUUUCUUGCAAUGCUUCAGAGAGAAAGACUUCACACAGAAGCCCAAUUCCAUUUUGGUUAUCUCUGGUCAUUGGGAGACUUCAGAGCCUACUGUGAAUUGCAUCACUGGCCUCAAUGAUACUAUUCAUGACUUCUAUAACUUUCCCCAACAGAUGUACCAGUUAAAAUACCAAGCACCAGGAGCACCAAAAUUAGCCAAAAGGGUAAAGGAACUGCUCAAGUCAUCUGGAUUCAAGCAAGUGCACCAAGAUGAUAAACGAGGCCUGGACCACGGUGCAUGGGUGCCUCUUAUGCUCAUGUAUCCAGAGGCUGACAUCCCAGUCUGCCAGCUUUCUGUCCAGACAAAGAAGGAUGGAACCCAUCAUUUUAAUAUUGGUAAAGCAUUGGCCCCUCUCAAGGAAGAGGGUGUCCUCAUAGUUGGUUCUGGAUCUGCAACUCACAACUUGAGGGCUUUAAGUGACGCGUCUGGUGUCGCUUCUUGGGCUAUGGACUUUGACAAUUGGCUUAAGGAAUCACUUGUUAAUGGAAGGUAUGAAGAUGUAAACAACUAUAUGACAAAAGCACCUUGUGCCAAACUUGCACACCCAUACCCUGACCACCUGUAUCCCUUACAUGUUGCAAUGGGUGCAGCUGGUGAAAAUGCCAAAGCUGAACUUAUUCAUCAUAGUUGGAGCAGACAUGCUCUUUCUUACGCCUCCUACAAGUUUGAGUCCCAGCCCAAGUAGCCUUUGCUGACUGAAGAAUGUUAAUGUGCAUACUUUAUCUGUCCAAAAGCAUUUAGAUGUAUCAAAUAACCCGAGCCGUAUUUAAUGGCUUUGAAUGUAUAUCUCUAUCGUUCUAUGAGCAAAUAUUUAAUGGCUUUGAAUGUA